AUGGCCGGCCUAGAUGGUUACCGUUGGGUCGAUGAACAAGUAAGCGAUGUCAGUGAUAUCAGCGAAGAGGAGGACGAUGCCUUCUCGGCCAUUGUUGCUGAUAGAAGAUUCGGGCUACAGCCCUACGUUUACGACCCUUCCGCUUCGUCGUCAUCUGAAGCAUCUGAAGGCGACGGGGACAUGCCGGACACGCCACCAAGAGCCCGGCCGUCCCAGCGUGUCGGUACAGCCAAUUGGUGCUCCUGCAACAGCAGCUGCCGACCAAUGGAGACUGACCAAGAGUCAGUGUGCUGCCUCGAACUGCAGGAUGUGAGGGAGCUGUGCAGCAAUCAGGGGGUGCCUUGUAUCACAAAGCACCCCCUGUUUGAGCUGCACUGCCUAAAUAGGGAUGUGUUGGAGCUGGAAUACAUCAAGUUGCAGUUCUACUGCCCCAUCGACGCACAAGACAGAGGACCACAAGAGAGGUACCGGUACACCGCCUACAGGCAAUUUACGUGGUGGGUUUACCACAUACUUGGACGUGGAAACAGGAAGGUGUUGCCGAGCUGCGUAGUGUCAAGGAUUCGACAGGAGUUCCCAUCCUUUAACGGGAGAUACGUAGGCUUCCGCCAAUAA